AUGAUACUAAGCCAGAUCUCUUAUCUAGACUGCAUCGUCUUCCUGAUUUUCCUGGUCCCGCAGCUCCUGAUACAUGUCGGUUUAAUCCGCAUAGCGACAUGGCUUGUUGGUGCAUUGCCUUCACUGACCUUCCAAGUCUUCGUCCUACCUUAUCAAUUCAUCAGGGAAAGAUAUUUCACACCCUAUGAGCAACGCAGUCCGUUCGUGCAACGCGCAACUCCGUUUCAGGACUUUGUCAUCAGAUGCGUUAGAUAUGCAUUCGCUUUUAUGCCAGCCUUUUUGGGACGAGUAUUUUUUUCCAAAGGUGUUUCUCUACCUUUCCUGAGAUUUCGCAUGUUGCGACAUGGCAUUGUAACUUCGCCUUUGCGGUGGAAUGAGAUCAAUAGACCUGGUUUGAGAGGUAUCUGGAUCACCCAUAACAAACAAGAGCAACCGGACAUCAUUGUCUAUUACUGCCAUGGCGGAGGCUUCGCCAUGGGCUCUGGCUUCUUCUACAUGGAGUUCCUUCUCGCUUGGGUGGCCUUACUCAAGGAAGCCGGCUACAGGAACCCGGCCCUCUUCGCCUUGGAAUACACCCUUGUUCCAGACGCCGUCUACCCCACACAACUACAAGAAACUCUCGCUGGCUAUGAAUAUGUUCUUUCCAUCGCGCGAGACCACACCCGGAUCUGCGUCAGCGGCGAUUCCGCUGGAGCCACCCUAAUGCUCAGUUUCCUGCUCUAUAUGACCGACCAUCCCGAACUGCGCCAUCAGCGGCCGGGUUUAGCUGUCAUGAUCUCGCCGUGGGUAACCAUCAUCUCGAAGAACAACCGCGAUACCCCUAGUGACUAUCUCAACGCCAACAGCCUAGAGCUCUACGGUCGCCAGUACAUUGGCCCCAAGGUACCAGCCGACGAUCCGCUGGUGUCGCCGGGCAAUUGCAAAGACAUGAAGAAGUGGACGGCAGCAAGCCCAGAAAAAGGGUGGUUCUUUCUAUACGGUUCUGAAGAGGUUUUGGGACCUGAGACUCGAUCGCUUAUUUCGUUGCUCAAGAAGACUGGCACAAACGUUGACAGCUAUGAACAGCCGGGAGGUAUUCAUGCUUGGCCCGUGGCGUCGCUGUAUCUGGGCGAGACGAGAGAUAUGCGGUUGCAUGGUUUAAGGGAUAUUGUGCAGACUAUUCGCAGUCGCAUACAUUAA